AUGCCCAGCUUCACCUCCUCGAAAAGCUCCUCCAAAACUAUGUCCUCCGACGCGGCCUCCACAUAUUCCACGGCUUCCACUGCAACGACUCUGAAGGGCACCGAGUCCCCCAACAAGAAGUGGUUCUCUCUGAGCUCCAAUAAGUCUGAGCCCAAGUACGUUAAGAAGUCCGACGCUGUCCACGCCAAACAGGCUAUCCACAACGAAGCUCUUGCCAGUUACUUCAGCAUGCGCUGA